CAAUUAUAUCAUUUCUAAAUAACAGUGUUCUAUAUAUGAUAGUUUAUAUUAAUUGAUAGCAUCUAUAUAAUUGUUUAAACGUGAUAUAAAUAAACAUAAAAUAAUUUGUACUUAUCAAGUAAUACUUGAGAAGAAAAAAUGAGUAAGACAUGUUCUCCUGAAGAAAUUGAAAAGAAACGCUUAUUAGCAUUGGAAAGAAGGAAACAAGCUCAAUUAAAGACACAAAAUAUUACACCUAGAAAUAAUUUCACCCAUCAACAAUUGAAGCCUAAUACAAAUGUUAUAAAACAGUAUAAACAAAACAAUCGUUUCAGUCCUAUAGAAUCCAGGAAUUUCUUUAAAUCAUCAUCUAUUACUGGAAAAUGUUACAUGAUCAGCAAUGACAGAUUUGCAUUGGAAACAUCAUCAUUUAUACCUGCAAUUAUUGAAACAUUUAAAACAGUUCCAAGCAGGUUAUAUGAUCCAAAAUCUAGAAUAUGGAAUUUUCACAUAAAUGAUUACGAGAACCUAAUGCAGAAGUUAAUACGGCACGAGCUUAAAAUAUCUAUAACAAGAAUUCCAGAAACUGUUCUCCAAGUAUUUAAGAGAAAUUUAAAAUUUGACAUUCAAACAUCAGAACCAGAUUUAUCAAAAAUUGAUAAAACAUUAAUAGAUACUCUAAUGCCUUUUCAACAAGAUGGCUUAUGCUAUGGUAUAUCCAAAAAUGGCCGUUGCAUAAUUGCAGAUGACAUGGGAUUGGGGAAAACUAUACAGGCAUUAGGCAUAGCAUAUUAUUUCAAAGCAAGUUGGCCACUUCUAAUUGUAGUUCCUUCAUCUGUUAGAUUCCAGUGGUCAGAAGCAAUUUAUGAAUUUUUACCAUCCAUACCUGCACAGUACAUUCAUCAUUUUGCAAAUACAAAGGAUUAUAUUGGAGAUGAAAAGAUUACUAUAAUAUCAUAUGACUUGUUGAGUCGAGCUGUAGAUACUCUUCAGAAACAUAUUUAUGGAUUUGUUAUUCUGGAUGAGUCUCAUCUGCUAAAGAGUAAUAAAACUGUAAGAUUUCAAGCAGCUCAACGAAUAUGUGCUCAGGCACAUCAUGUUGUAUUGCUCACUGGUACACCAGCUUUGUCUAGACCAAUUGAACUAUAUUCUCAAAUCAAUCUUAUUAUACCACGUUUUAUGAAAUAUGAAGAAUAUGGCAUACGAUACUGUGCAGGACAGAAGACCGCUUUUGGUUGGGAUUUCACAGGCUUUUCAAAUAUGCAAGAAUUGCAAUUGCUACUAAAAAUGACAUGUAUGAUUCGAAGAUUGAAAGCUGACGUAUUAAAUCAGUUACCAUCUAAAAUAAGACAAGUGAUUAUUUUAGAUCCAGCCUUAAUUAAAGCUGGCACUAAAGAGAUGAAAAAAAAGUUCGAACAAAUGCAAAAAACAACAACGGACUUCGAUAAGCAUAAUGCCAUGCUGCAAUAUUAUUAUGAAUCUAGCAUUGCAAGACUUAAAGCAGUAUCUGAAUAUGUAAAAGACUUAUUUGAAAAAAAAAGAAAGUGCCUCCUAUACGCUCAUCAUCAAAAUAUUCUUGAUGCUAUUUGCGACGUGGCUGAAUCUAUGAAUAUACAAUACAUAAGGAUCGAUGGCAAAACUACUUCAGAACAGAGAAAAUAUCAAAUCGAUAAAUUUCAAGAACAUGAUGAUUAUUUGGCAGCAGUUUUAUCAAUCACCGCCGCAAAUGCGGGUAUUACGUUAACAGCCGCUCAUCUCGUGGUUUUCACCGAGUUAUUCUGGAAUCCUGGUAUUUUAUGUCAAGCGGAAGACAGAGUCCACAGAAUCGGACAAAAUGAUAAUGUCAUAAUUCAAUAUUUAGUAGCAAAAGAUACUGCGGAUGAUUACAUGUGGCCAUUAAUUAAAAAGAAGAUGGAUAUUUUAAAUGCAGUUGGCCUCAAUCAAGAUUUCUCCAUAAAUGAUGUUAAUACGACGAUGCAGAAAGAAACCGGACAGCAAAAUUUGAAUUCUUUCGUGACUAUCUCUUCUCCUAAGAAGCAAUCCGAUAAAAAACAAAAGGAUUGCUCAACUACGGAAGAUAUAUCUACUUCCACUUGCAUAGAUGAAUUUAAAGAAUUACUUGAAAUUGACGGAGAAUAUUUUGAUUCUUGUGAUUGGGAUGAUGUUAUGUAAAACAUUAUUGUUUUAUUAAUACCUGAUAUAUAUCCCAUUUACCUGUUCCUAUACCAAAUAAUGAUCAAUUAAUUUUUUCAAUACUACCAAAUUUCCAUCAUGUUAUUAAUGACUUUAAAGAUUUAUUUAAAAUUGAUGGGGAAUAUUUUGAUUCUUAUGAUUGGGAUGAUGUAAGGCAUUGUUUUAUUAACACCUGAUCCUAUUUAUCAAAUCCUGUCCCUAUAUCAAAUAAUGGUCAAUUUAUAUUUUCAACAUUCUGCUGAAUUUCCACUAUGUUAUUAUAAUAUAAAGUCAAGAUAUAAUGGAAAAUACUCUAAAUAUAUA